GAGAACAGCUCGCUGUGUUUCGCACCCAGAAUGGCCAAGCCUACGUGGUUGACGCUUACUGCCCUCACCUCGGGGCUAACCUCGCUGCCGGCAGGCGCGUCGUGGGCAAUUGCAUCAAAUGCCUGUUUCAUGGCUGGCAGUUUCAAGAAGAUGGGAAAUGCACCCGCAUCCCAUAUGCUGAAAAAGUGCCAGAUUUUGCAAGGGUCUGGACCUGGCCAUCCUACAAGAUGAAUGGGAUGCUGCUGGUCUGGUACCACUGCAAAGGGGUUGGUCUGACCUGGGCAGUGCCCGAGCAGCGAGAGAUCACCACCAAAGAGUGGGUGUUCCGUGGGCAGACAGAGCAUUUGGUUGACACACACAUCCAGGAAAUCCCUGAGAAUGCAGCCGACAUAGCUCACCUGGCUUUUCUCCAUGGACCAGCUAUUCUGGGAGGAUCUGAUCUGAGAUACACAAGGUCCAAGCUGUGGGAUUUUAUGAAGCAUGUCUGGAAGGCUGAGUGGCAGCCGGAGCCGGAGCCCAACAAGCAUUGCUCCCGGCUGCAGGUUCAACACACUGCAACCAUCUUUGGGAAGCACGUCUCCUUGAUGGAUUUGACAGUUUCAGCCAGGCAGGUAUGUCCCACGCUGGUGGCGACCAGCACCCAGAGCUGA